AUUAUAUUCUGUAAAUUUAUUCCGAGCAGAACAGUUUGGUGUAGGUUAUUCUACGUAUUUUACUUCUCUGUUUCCAAAACUUCAUUCAAAUAUUCUUAAAUUAGCAUAACAAUGUCAUUUAGAGUUCUACACCUGCUGACAAUGCGAUGUUAUGCGCACUGGACUUCAUUGACGUCAAAGUAGUUCGGAGGAGGAAGAUAGACAGUGUGCAGUUUACACAGUGAUGUUUGUAGUAAAUAUUAGGUAUUGAUAAUGAGAGAAGAACUGUUCAGAUGUUGUAAACAAGGAAAUGCAACGCGAGUGAAGUACUUACUAGAAAACACUGACAUCAAUCCAAAUGUUAGAGACGAAUGGGAUAGUACUCCGUUAUAUUAUGCUUGUCUCUGUGGUCACAGUCAGGUGGUUGACUUGUUGCUAAUGAAUGGUGCUCAUUGUGAUGCCAAUACUUUUGAUGGAGAGCGUUGUGUUUAUGCAGCACUUACUGACGAAAUAUCGGAAAAGCUACGAAGUUACAGAGUUCUGUCCAGUCGUACGAUGCGACGUGAUUAUUAUGACGAAUUCUUGCGCCGCCUUUUGCAGUGUAGUGAAUACAGCGAUGUAACAUUUGUUGUUCACGACGAAGAGUUUCAUUUGCACAAAUGUAUACUUUCCUCAAGAUCAGCAUACUUUUGCGACAAGUUUAGAGCCAAAUGGCAAGAUAGACAAGUUGUGACUAUUAAGAACAGUUUAGUAAAGUCGAACGCUUUUAGAGCACUGAUACAAUACUUGUACACAGGACGUUUAGAAACCCACCUGGACUCUGUGGAUGAUUGUAUUCUUCUGAGUUCCAAUUGCAAGCUGUUUGUCCUGGAAGAAGAGCUGAAGAAAGCACUUAAAAAAGUUACUUCCUCUGAAUAUGUCAAACCAGGUAUGCAUGUCAAAGUUAUUGUGUUAGAAUCGUCUGAGCUUACCGGUCAACUUCAAGAAGACUUUGGAAGAAUGGCUGAUGACGUUGUAAGCUGUUAUGAACCGCAAAACUUUGCUGAUUUGUGUUUAUACGUUGACGGGCGUUCAUUUUAUUGUCAUAAAUUGUUUGUUUGUGGCCGGAGUGAAUAUUUUAGCACCUUAGUGAGAAAGGAUCAUUUCAAUGAAGUGAAUAUUGAUACCGAGUUUGAUGUUCCAGUGAUAAGAAUUAAUGGAGUGCCUGUGGAAGUCCUUGCAGCAGUAUUGUAUUAUAUAUAUACCAAUGCUGUCAAUGUUCCUCCUGACCUUUUAUUGGAUCUUCUACAUGCUGCUGACAUGUAUUUGUUACCAGGUCUAAAAAAGUCUUGUGCAGCAUUGUUGGGUCAGUAUUUGAACACAGAAUGUGUGAUGGCAUACUUACACACAGCACGUUUGCUUGGCUUACCACAACUUGAAGACCAGUGUGCAAAAUUCAUUGCACAGAACAUUUACACAAUGCGGAAUAAUAAAUCAUUACAUCAGAUGAUUUUACAAGAUGCAAUGGAUAUUCAACAUCGACAAGAGACGGACAGUAUUUCUAUUGUUGAUGACAUCAGGUACCAUAUCACCUCACACAUUGCCAGUAUCAGUGAAACAAUUGAAGCAAAUAACAAGUUGAAGGAAAUUGAUGAAUUGCUUGAAACCUUGGGGCUGGAUGCAUAAUCAAAGUCAUUGUUAUCAACUGUAUCUGUUGUUUUGUUUGUUGAUUUUUAUUUUAUAAAACAUGUUGACAUUUUUAAUUUGAAAUAAACUAAUGUGGAUCA